AUGGCCAACUACGGGAGCCAGCAGGGCGGAGGGCCGUCGCAGCACGGCCAGCCCUCGGGCGGCGCGAGAGACGCCGCCUUUGCGAACAUCUUCGGCGCCAGUCCCGCCAUGGCCGGCCGCUCGCAGACCAUGACCUCGCAGUCGCACGCGCGGAUCCCCGACCGCGCCGCCACCAUGUCCUCGCAGACGGCCGACAUGAUGCACCGCAUGCCGCCCGUACGGCCGCCCGUCAAUGGCUACGACCGCCGCCCGGCCGCCCCGUCCAGCUUCGACCCGCGCGCCCCAGCCAGCUUCGACCCGCGCGCCCCAGCCAGCUUCGACCCGCGCGCCCCGGCCAGCUUCGACCCGCGCGCCCCGGCCAGCUUCGACCCGCAGCGCCCCCAGAGCCACGACCUGCCGCCGCAGGGCCACCAGCGCGCCAUGCCGCCGCCCAACGGCUACCCGCCAGACCCGCGCUUCGCCCACGGCCCUCCCCCGCAGCGCCAGCCGCAGCCGCAGUACCUGCCCCAUCCGCUGCGUCCAGAGCGCCAGCCCUACGGCCAGCCCCAGCGCUUCGACCCGCGACCCCUGCCUCCUGGCCAGCCGCCGUUCAACAAGCCGAUGCCUCCGCGCCUCGCAGGUGCCGGUGCGCCCGCCAUGAACGGCGACCCGUACCGCUCGCAGUCGCUGGCGACGACGCCUCGCCCGCAGUUCAACGGGCCCAGCCCGAGCUACCAGUCGCCGGCAAACGCCUUCCGCCAGCAGCCCUACAUGAAUCACAUGGCGAGAACCACUGCCCAGGGUCGUGUGGUGCCUGAGCGACCAGACGAGCGGACCAUGUCCAUGACUUCGUACCGCGCCGGGGGCGACGGCGACUUUGGACCGCAGCAGACGAUGAUGAGUGGGCGCGUCAUCCCUGCCCGGAGACGAGAGUCGGACGGACAGGAGAUGGACCCCAGCGCUCAAAGGCCUCCUGCGGCUUCCCCGCCAGCAAGCACGGGCCCCGGGACAAGGACCAGAAACGCAAGCCAGGGCAGCAUAACGCAAAUGCGCACCAUGUCCAUGGCGUCUACAAUCGCCCCGUCGAUUGCUCCGUCCCAAGCUGAGCGCACAGAAACCAUGUCCUCGGCCGUCACCCGCCCGAGCAGUACGGCGACCAGCAGCAGCAGCAACAGAGCCUCUGGCCAGUCUCACGCCGGGACGAUUGUGCCCGCGGAGCAGCAGGGGAGGCAGCGACGCGCGCCUCUUGUGUACCCCGCACUGCUCUCGCGCGUGGCCACCACCUUUCAGGACAGGGUCCAGAUAUCGGAAAAGGAGAAGGACGGGCUGGUCUACCAGAGCGCCUUCACCGGAGCAGACGCCGUCGACCUGAUUGCCUUUAUCAUCAAGACCACCGACCGCAACUUGGCGCUCCUGCUUGGCCGAUCCUUGGACGCCCAAAAGUUCUUCCACGAUGUCACGUACGCGCACAGGCUGCGCGACUCGACAAACGAAAUCUACCAGUUCAGGGAAACAAUGAUGGAGGAACAGGCUGAUGUGAACGGCGUCUUCACGCUUCUCACCGAAUGCUACUCGCCGACCUGCACGCGGGAUAGACUGUGCUACUCGAUUGCCUGUCCUCGCCGUCUUGAGCAACAGGCCCGCCUCAACAUGCGCAUCCAGCCCGGUCUCAAGCGUGAAGAGUCUCGUGCUAGUCUCCACGAGGACACGAAUGACGAGGAGCAGAAGCUCUGGAUCAACACGGUUCCCAAGGAUGUCGCUGACAGCGUCUCGGACAAGGAGAAGAAGCGCCAGGAAGUCAUCUCUGAGCUCAUGUACACUGAAAGAGACUUUGUCAAGGAUUUGGAGUAUCUCCGUGACUUUUGGAUGAAGCCACUCAGAAACCCUGCCACCUCGCCGAUUCCGGAACACCGCCGCGAGAAGUUUGUUCGCACUGUCUUCAGCAAUUGCCAGGAGGUCUACAUGGUCAAUUCGCGCCUGGCAGAAUCUCUGACCAGGCGGCAACAGAAGGAGCCUGUCGUGCGCAACGUCGGAGACAUCUUCCUCGAGUACGUUCCUCACUUCAUUCCCUUUAUCAAGUACGGUGCGAACCAGCUGUUUGGAAAGUACGAAUUCGAGCACGAGAAACGGACCAAUGCUGCCUUUAUGAAGUUUGUGGACGAGGUGGAGCGCAUGAAGGAAUCGAGGAAGCUCGAACUCAACGGAUACCUCACCAAACCGACGACGAGGUUGGCCAGAUACCCGCUCUUGCUGGAAGGCAUCCUGAAGGCGACUGCCGACGGUAAUCCCGACAAGGAGGAUCUGCCAAAGGUCAUCAAGAUGAUCAAGGACACCCUGUCCAAGGUCAACGUCGAGUCUGGAAAAGCCGAGAACCACUUCAACCUGAUGCAGCUCAACAAGGACCUCAAGUUCCGUCCGGGAGAGUAUGUCGACUUGAAGCUCACCGACGAGAAUCGCCAGCUGGUGUUCAAGGGCAACCUGAAGAAGACGCCGACAGAGACUACCGGCGACAUUACGUGUUAUCUCUUCGACCACGCCAUCUUGCUUGUUCGCACAAAGACUGUCAACAAGCGCGACGAGCAGAAGGUCUACAAGAAGCCAAUCCCGCUGGAGCUUCUGGUCAUUACUCAGAUGGACGAUAUCAUCCCUCGUCUGGGCAUAGCGAAGAGGCCUUCAGGAACGACCCUGAUGGGUGCUGGCGCGAAAGCCAUACAAGCAGCCGCGCCAAGGGCCGAUGCAAACAAGCAGCAGGGCUAUCCGAUCACAUUCAAGCAUCUCGGAAAGGGUGGCUACGAGAUGACGCUCUACGCGAGCACCUCGAUCUCGCAACAGAAGUGGAUGGAGCACAUUGAAUCACAGCAACGGUCGUUGAGAGAGCGCAGCAACAUCUUCACCAAGUCCAUCAUCAACGAAGGCUUCUUCUCUGCGGCCAUCAGGGCCACCUGCGCUGUUCCUCUUGAUGGCGGUCGCAAGCUGGCUCUUGGUACGGAUGCCGGCGUCUACAUUGUGGACCGCAAGCCCAAGGAUGCUUCCAUGCGGCCCAAGCGAGUCCUGGACACCAAGGGUGUGACACAGAUUGACGUUCUCGAGCAACAUCAGAUCCUGCUGGUACUGGCCGACAAGACCCUGUACUCGUACUCUAUUGAAGCCUUGGAUCCCGACGAAGCCCAGGCCGCGGCCAAACGUCCGAGAAAGAUCUGCCAUGCCAACUUCUUCAAGUCCGGCGUCUGCGAGGGGAAGCAGCUGGUGGCGUCAGUCAAGACGUCGGCACUCAGCACGACCAUCAAGGUUUUCGAGCCCAAGGAGAACAUGGCCAACAAGGCCAAGAAGUCUGGUUUCGCCAAGAUGCUCGCCCAAGGACAAGACCAGCUCAGGCCGUACAAGGAGUUCUACAUCCCUACCGAGUCCUCCUCGCUGCACUUUCUCAAGUCGAAAUUGUGCGUUGGCUGUGCGCGGGGUUUCGAGGUCGUCAGUCUCGAGACUCUGGAGACACAGUCCUUGCUCGAUCAAGCCGACACAUCGCUCGACUUUGUCGUUCGCAAGGAGAACAUUAGGCCGAUUCAUAUCGAGCGCUUGGGAGGCGAGUUCUUGCUGUGCUACUCGGACUACUCCUUCUUCGUCAACCGCAACGGGUGGCGAGCACGACCAGACUGGAAGAUCACCUGGGAGGGCAACCCGCAAUCGUUUGCCAUAUUCAACCCCUACAUCCUGGCUUUUGAGCCCAGCUUCAUCGAAAUACGGCACAUGGAGAGUGGUGGCCUGGUACACAUCGUCACGGCGAAGAAUAUUAGAUGGCUGCACUCAUCCACCCGAGAGAUUCUGUACGCGUACGAAGAUGAACUGGGCAACGACGUUGUCGCCAGUCUGGAUUUCUGGCAGGCUGCAAACGGGCCCGCUCACAAGCAGUCCAUUGAGAGCGCGCGCUACGACAAGAGCUAG